AAUAGCAUUCAAGGAAUAAUCAAGCCGGCCAUUAGAAGAUUGGCCCGUCGCGAAGGCGUGAAAUGAAGUUCCGGAUUGAUUUACGAAGAAACUCGUGGCGUUUUAAAGGUGUUUUUGGAAAACGUCAUCAGAGACGCGGUAACCUACACGGAGCACGCCAAACAAAAAACGGUAACCGCCAUGGACAUGGUGUACGCGCUGAAACGACAAGGUAGAAUUCUUUACGGAUUUGGGUGUUAA